UUUACUUAUAUUGCUCGAGUUGGCUAUAAAAGGCGCCAUGUGCACACUAGAAAUCAUAGUCUUUCAAUAAGUCCCGAACAAAAUGGAUUUCGAAACGAUUUGCGAAAAGUCCAAGGCCUUCAGCAGCAAGCCCCCACCAGAGGUCUACCUGGAGUUCUACGGACUCUACAAGCAGGUCCAUAGCGGCGAUGUGAACAUCGAGAAGCCCGCCGACGCCGAGGGUGCUGCCAAAUACAACGCCUGGCUGAGCCGCAAGGGCAUGUCCACAGAUGACGCUAAGGCCGCCUACAUUGCUCUCUACAAUAAGUACGCUCCCAUCUACACAUAAGUUCAGUUAAUACUUUGUUAAUUGCAUUGGCAAUAAAUGACAAUAAAUACGAAGUGACCUCAGUAA